AGCCCAAAUUAUAUGAUUUUGGAAUCGCUGUUAAAGUUAAAAGGUAUCAGCAUCACCGUAUCUGUAUAUACUUAGGCUCUUUUCUGUAUAUGGACCCAGAAUAUGAAUACACCUUAGGUUUGACUCAUAAGUCAGACGUUUUCUCCUUUGGUGUUGUUCUGUUUGAAGUUUUGUUUGGAAUAGAAGCAUCCGUUGCAACUCCACAACACAAAAAGUAUUGGUAUUUUGAAGAAAUGGCCCGAGCCAGUUACGAAGAUAAGACACUAGAUGAGAAGAUUGAUCCCAAUCUACAUAAACAAAUGAACAUGGAAUCCUUAAAUAUUUUCUCCGAGACGGCAUAUUUUUGCUUGAAGAAGCAGCGCUCAGAACGUCUAAAUAUGAAGAAAGUUCUCCAACGACUUGAGCGAGCAUUGGAACGCCAAUGCAAACAUGAUCAAAGUCUUGUUUUAUCCCAUCGCUUGAAGGUAAAUUUUUUGGAUCGCCUAAGAUUUCGAUUGAGUGAUAUACGAUUGGCGACCGACUAUUUUUCUAGCACAUACUGCAUUGGAUCCGGUGGAUAUGGUAUGGUGUACAAAGCAAACCUUGGCCAUUUUGGUGGCAUAAGUUCAUCAACAGCCACAAAAGGCGAGAAUAAAGGUGAAUUUUCAGACAAGCAUAGCACUGUAGCUAUUAAACGUCUUUUUCGUAGGGUAGACGGGCAAGCUGAACAAGGGUUCUUAGGUGAAGUUGAACUGCUUAGCAAAUGUAAGCAUCCAAAUAUAGUUUCUCUUAUUGGAUUCUGUAACGAAGAACAAGAAAUGAUAUUAAUUUACGAAUAUGCUUCUAAUGGAAGCCUUGAAGAUUAUUUGGGAAAUUGUGAUAAGAUUAAUAAUCUUAGCUGGGCUCAACGUAUAAAAAUAUGCAUUGAUAUUGCUUAUGGAUUAGAAUAUCUUCACAAAGUUACAAAAGACAAGGAAUGCAUAAUACACAGGGAUAUAAAGAGUGCAAACAUUCUAUUAGAUGAUAAGUGGGAGGCAAAGAUUGCAGAUUUUGGGCUCUCCAAGUUACACCCUACAUAUGACCAAGGUAGCACCCUCAUUAGUGGUAAUAUCGGCGGUACAGAAGUUUACAUGGAUCCAGAAUAUUGGCAAACAGGCAAGUUGAAAACUCAAUCAGAUAUCUACUCUUUUGGAGUGGUUUUGUGUGAAAUGAUGUCUGGGAACUUGGCAUAUGACAAAAUGUACAAUACAACGGGCCUUCCAUCAUUAGCAUGUCAAUGCCUUAAUGACAGAACUAUAGAGAAAUUGGUAGAUCCACAGUUGAAGGAAGCUAAUGAAAAUAUUUAUGGGAUAAGUGACGAGCUUUAUCAGGAUACGUUAUACACAUUUUUAAAAAUAGCAAGUCAAUGUGUAGCAAAAACUCAAAUUGAACGUCCAACAAUGAAAGUCAUCAUCAAAGAACUUGAGAAAUCUUUGAACCUUCAAAAUAACAGGAAGGAAAGCCUCCACAUUUCACUUGAAGACUUCAAACUUGGCACACAAAAUUUCAAAGAAUGCAACUACAUUCGAAGAGGAAGAUUCUGGAAGAUGUAUAAAGGACAAAUUAAGUCAUUUGUAAAUUCUAAUGGAUGUACCCAAUUUCUUGCAAAGAGAUUUGAUAGCCAGUCAGAAGAAGGAAACUCUCAAUAUAUGAGAGAGUUGAAAGUUCUUUUUGAGCAUAAGCACGAGAAUAUUGUUGGUCUUGUAGGAUAUUGCAAUGAAAUGGGUAUAAACAUUAUUGCUUAUGAGUAUGCGUCUAAUGGAACACUUGCUGAGCAUUUGGACAAUGUUGAUCUUACAUGGAUUAAACGCCUCAAGUUAGGCCUCGAUGUUGCAAGGGGAUUAGAACAUCUUCACACAGGUGGCAGUACAAAAGGUACUCCAGUCAUACAUAGAGACAUCAAAGGCAACAACAUUCUCCUUGACGAUGAUUGGAGGGCUAAAAUUUCUAAUUUGGAGGGAUCAAUGAGCUACUUAGAUCCACAGUACGAAACGUUGGGUCUUUUAAAUGCAGCGUCUGACAUUUAUUCAUUAGGUGUGGUUUUAUUGGAGAUGAUGUUGGGGAGAUUGGUAUGUGCAGAGGAAAUGGAGGCAGUUAAGGAAUUUUUUUUGGAUAAAAGUAGUCUCGAUGAAAAGAUAUUUAUGGGUAUAAAAGAACAAAUUGUGCCAGGAUCAUUAGAUGCAUAUUUUGCCAUCACUUUUAAAUGUCUUGAUUUUGAUAGUGAUGGUCGACCAAGCGCUAGUGAGCUGGUUGAAAAACUUAGGUUGGCAUUGGCAUACCAAGAGGAUUAUGAGAUAUGGAAGCCCAAACUUCCUAAAGACUAUGAACAAUUAUAUAAUAUGUCAGGUGGCUUUCCUACUUCAUGGUUUAAGGUUUUUCACGACGUACUAUGUGAUGGAUUCUCUUUUCAAGAAGGCAAAGCGUGGUUUUCUUUGGUAAGCAACGGCAAAAGAAAUGUGAUGAUAUCAGCAAAAAACUUUUCAUACGUUAACAGUCAUGGAUCGUGUAAAAGAGUAGUACCAAAGGCUCUAUCUUCUCAUUUCAUAAUUAACAAUGGAAAACUGGCUAUGGACAUUCCGUGCGGUUCAAAAGUAAUACAGACACGCAAGUGGCGAUCAAAUCAAAAAUCAAGGUUUCAGGUAGUAGCAAAAAUGUUGGAUAUAUCGAAUCUAAACAUCCGAAUCAAGAUAAAACCUCAACUUUUACUUCCGGGCGAUAACUAUGGGGUUCAUCUAGUAUUUAAGUUUCGUGAACCAGGAAAAUGUCUAGCUAAACAGAUGUACGUAAACUUAAAAUACAGAAGGGGGAGCGAUAAUUUACAUUCAGAUUUCGCCACGUGGAGAGAAGACGGGUGGAUGAUGAUUGAAUUGUGUCAAAUCUUGAAUUAUGAGGAAGGUACUGUAUUUGAAGUUUUACUGGAGAGCUUUUCGCGAAGCUAUUGUGGAAAUAUCGUCUAUAUUGAAGGCAUAGAGUUUCGGACCAUACAUAAUGAGUAUGAACAAGAUGGGUCUAAAAAGAUCGAGAAAUAUCAGAAAAAUUGGAAAUAUGCAGAAUUCAAGAAACCGAAAGAAGUACAACACUCUCCACUUGAUUCUAAAGAAACAUUGAACAGCUCAGGAAAUGCUAAGGAGGAGUUCUUGAUAAAAGAAGUACAGAUUGAAAAGAUAUGUUUUAUGCUUUCGGAAACGGAAGCUUCGUACGAGUCUUCAAUAGAAAAGCCUUUUCAUUUGAAAUAUUCAGCUGAGACGAGAUUUCAAGGGGAAAUUGAGAUUUCAAAGCGACAAGUAUUGGGUAUUAAGUGCAAAAUUGAAAGUAAAAUGUUGUCACCACAUACAAAUUACAUGUGUUAUCUCAUAUUUAAACUUUCAAAAACAUGUCAUGGAUUGCAUGCUCCUGUGAAAGUAAGGAAUGUUUUCGAGUGGAAAAACAAAGAGGUUGGACUUAUUUGUUUUCGACCGCCAAGCCAAUGGAAUUUACCUAAUACUAAUGGGGUUCCAAAAGAAAGGGAUGAUGGAUGGAUGGAAGUUCUUGUGUGGAAAUUCAACUCGCAUUCUGAGCUCAGAAGCAAUCAUAUUCCGAUGUAUCUAAAAUUCAUAACUUAUGAAGGAACCAUGUUCGGCCUUAUUGUAAGCGGUCUUGAGAUUCGGCAAAUGUAAGAGCAUGUGGUCCACCCAUGAACUCUGGCAUUAUACUAACAUUUUACUUUCAAGCUAUAUUAUCUGUACAUGACAUCUUAAUUAGUGCAAAAUGUUCCUAAGUUUACA